UACAGUGUAUCAAUUGACAGCGCGUUCGCGCUGCAAACAAACAACAAGAAAUUUAUAAUUUCCGUGGAUUUCCCUGUAAUUGAGUGAAAAACCUAGAAUGGCUGCGAAUAGAGAGCGUCGCAGCAAUGCUGGGAACCGCAUUGCUAGACUCCUGGACGAUGAGGAAGAGGAUGACUUCUACAAGACUUCCUACGGAGGUUUUCAGGAAGCUGAAGACGACAAGGAUUAUGAGCAGAGGGACGAGGAGGAGGACGUCGUGGACUCGGAUUUCAGCAUUGACGAGAACGAUGAGCCGGUGUCGGAUGAGGAGGAGGAGAAGAAGACUCGGAAGCGGCGCGGUGUGGUCACGAAGGCGUACAAGGAGCCAGUGAAGAAGCCCGCGGUGGCGAAAGACAAGAAAUCUCCGGCAAAAGCGUCACCGAAGAAGGUGCCGAAGCCUAAAAUGCCCCCAAAUCGACACCCAAAGUUCACGGUGAUUGAUUCUGGGCGGAAAUCCUUCAGGAAAUCCACCGCUCUGAAGACAGCUGCCACACAGCACCGUCUGAAGCAGCUGAACGAGGCGAAGAAGCACAAGAAGGCGGUGGUGAAGACAGAGGAGUGGAUUCCAACGCAGGAGGAACUCUUGGAGGAAGCUCUAGACACGGAGAAGGAGAAUAUCAAGUCUCUGGAGAAGUACCAGAAAAUGGAGCUGGAGAAGAAGAAAACGCGUCCGACGAAGAGAGCCUUCACUGGACCGAUGAUCCGCUAUCAUUCCAUGUCAAUGCCGCUGAUUGAGGAGCUCACGCCGGCUCCCAUGGAUGCCGCGGCAAUAAAGACCGAGGAGGAUGCGGGUGAGACUGAUAUGUCGCUGAAAUUCAAGACGAAACGCAAGACAGCCAACUCCAGAGCGGCCGCCAAGACUGGUCCGCGUGUCGAGAGGACUUUUGUCACCUUCGAGAACGAUCUGGACAACAAGGUGUUCGAGUCGUACUUUCCGCAGCUGAGGCGGAAGCGCCAGGAGCACAGGAGUCGCAUCUGUCCCAUCACACAUCUGCCCGCCAAGUAUCUGGAUCCGGUGACGAAGCUGCCGUACAGGAAUCUGGCGGCGUUCAAGAUCAUCCGCGAGGGAUACUACAGACAGCUGGAGGAGAAGGGCAAUCCGGAGAAUCCCCUCAUUGCCAAGUGGUUGCAGUGGCGGAAGCAGAUCAAGGACCAGCGACAACGCUACAAGAGUCAAAAGAAUGCAUGAUGAAAGUGAAAAAAGAGGGAUUUUUGCGAACUGGAGUGCUUUGAUUGCGAAAGUGGGUCUGCUGAGCUCUUGUGGAAAAUCGGAAAAAUUGCGAGUAUACCUUCGAUAGCUCAGUUGGUAGAGCGGUGGACUGUAGAACGGCCGAAAGGCAUAUGUGGAAAUCCAUAGGUCGCUGGUUCAAAUCCGGCUCGAAGGAAACUUUCUUUUUCACGUUUUUUUCCUCUCUUUUGGACAAAAUUACACUAGAAAUAGUCAUUAAAAAUUGGUUUGGCAGAGAGAAAAUGAUAUAAAAAGAAAUUCUUUUUGUCGCGCCUUUUUUCCUCCUUUGAAAAGUUAACUUUUCAUAAUUUAUUCGUCAUAUUUUGCUCUAGGUCGAUAUUUAGUGGGAAUUGAGUUGAAUUUCGUGCAACAUUGAUAAGAAAUGUUGAUUUUUGCGGGCUAUGAACAAUUAAAAAUCGACUUUCGACACUUUUUGCCAAUCAAUUCGUCAAUAAAUCCCAAUAAAAAUAAC